UUGGCCGCGGUACAAACUCUCCGCCUCUUGUCGCCGUUGUCUCCUGCGGUGCGUGCGGCAGCGGUGAAAUUCAGCUAAAAACGGACUGAAAAUGGCGCUUACUUCUCAAGGAACAAAGAAAAAAGUUUGCUACUACUAUGACGGGGAUGUUGGAAACUAUUACUACGGCCAGGGUCAUCCCAUGAAGCCCCACCGAAUCCGCAUGACACACAACCUGUUGCUCAACUAUGGCCUCUACAGAAAGAUGGAAAUAUAUCGUCCACACAAAGCCAGCGGAGAAGAGAUGACCAAGUAUCACAGCGAUGAUUACAUCAAGUUCCUGCGUUCAAUCCGGCCUGAUAACAUGUCAGAAUACAGCAAACAAAUGCAGAGAUUUAAUGUGGGGGAGGACUGUCCAGUGUUUGAUGGUUUAUUUGAGUUCUGCCAGCUCUCAGCGGGGGGCUCCGUUGCUGGUGCUGUGAAGUUGAACAAACAGCAGACAGACAUUGCUAUCAACUGGGCUGGAGGUCUUCAUCACGCUAAGAAGUCAGAGGCCUCUGGGUUUUGCUAUGUCAAUGACAUUGUCCUGGCUAUUCUGGAGUUACUGAAAUAUCACCAGAGAGUUCUGUACAUAGACAUUGACAUCCAUCAUGGAGAUGGUGUGGAAGAGGCUUUCUACACCACAGACCGUGUCAUGACCGUGUCUUUCCACAAGUAUGGAGAGUACUUCCCCGGCACCGGUGACCUCAGGGAUAUUGGGGCUGGAAAGGGUAAAUAUUACGCUGUGAAUUACCCACUGAGGGAUGGGAUUGAUGAUGAGUCCUAUGAAGCCAUAUUCAAACCUAUCAUGGCUAAGGUGAUGGAGAUGUACCAACCCAGUGCCGUGGUUCUCCAGUGUGGAGCUGAUUCUCUGUCUGGAGACAGGCUCGGCUGCUUUAACCUCACCAUUAAAGGUCACGCUAAGUGUGUGGAGUACAUGAAGAGCUUCAACUUGCCACUGCUAAUGCUGGGUGGAGGCGGCUAUACUAUCCGCAAUGUGGCGCGCUGCUGGACGUAUGAGACUGCUGUGGCCCUUGAUACUUCAAUUCCAAAUGAGCUUCCAUACAACGACUAUUUUGAGUAUUUUGGGCCGGACUUCAAGCUGCACAUCAGCCCCUCCAACAUGACCAAUCAAAACACCAAUGACUACCUGGAGAAGAUCAAGCAGCGCCUGUUUGAGAACUUGCGCAUGCUCCCUCACGCUCCUGGCGUUCAGAUGCAGGCCAUCCCUGAAGAUGCUGUACAGGAGGACAGCGGGGAUGAGGAAGAGGAGGAUCCCAACAAGCGCGUAUCCAUCCGUUCUCGUGACAAGAGGAUAGCCUGCGAGGAGGAGUUCUCUGACUCAGAGGACGAAGGUGAAGGAGGCCGCAGAAACACAGCCAGCUUCAAAAAAGCCAAGCGAACUAAAACUGAAGGAGAGAAAGAGGUUGAAGAAAAGGAGAAGAAAGGUGAGGGAGAAACAAAAGAAGUCAAAGAAGAGGAGAAAGUGCCGGAGGAGGAGAAAAUGGACACAUCAAAGCCGAAAGAGGAGUCCAAGACACCUUGAAGUCCUCAGCACCCAGUGAUGCCAAUACACAGAUCAGAGCGGAUGUUAAGUGGAGAUGUUUUUGGAUAAAUCAUGUUUCCAGCCUGCUGCAGUGGAGACAAAUAAAGGACUUGGACUUUAAAAUGAGACCUCGCUGGUGGACGGAGAUCCAAACAUUUUAGUUUGUGUUUUUCUAGGAAAUCUUUGCUGUUUAUGGACUGAAGAGUGCUGUUUUUGUAUACAUUUUCAUUUUUUAUGCUCUUAUACUUGCUUUUUCUCCUCGUGAACAAUGUAAAAAUGGCUUUGCACAUGUCUGCUUUUAUAUAUCUGAUGGAUUUAAUUUAUUUAAAUCAUACGAUACUUUGGCUACUUCCUUUUAUGUAUUUCAGUCCCACUUUUGUCCUGUGCCUUUGAAUAUGUAGUUGAACAGCAUGCCGGUGCCAUCGAUCCUUUUCUGUAAUAUAUUUGUGUCACUGGUCUUUCCAGUCAGUGAGACUCUUGCAUAUUCCUGAAUAGCUUUUAUGUGACACAUCGUAAGCAUAUUUUUAUAUUUUAGGUUCUAAUCUUGUAGUUUAUAUCCUUCAUAGACACGGUGACAUCGUUUGGGGAUUUCUGAGGCUCGUGUCGAUCAUGCUGAGGUCGGGUUAGAUCACAUUUGGUGUAAGGCUUAGACUCCACAGGAAUUUGGGAGGGGUGACAUGUCACAGAUCAUUUCUUUGUGUAUAUAUAAAUUUGUAUUCUAAAAAAUGUGAGUAAAAAAGUGUUCAACACAAAA